AUGACAGACACUAUCAUUGUGCUGGAUGGCGGCAUGUCUCGUGAGCUUAUUCGAAUUGGCGCUCCAUUCCAACAACCAGAAUGGUCGGCCCUUGCCCUACUGGAAGCACCACAUCUUGUAAAACAAGCUCACCAGGAAUUUGCAGCUGCAGGCGCUGAUGUACUUACGACGAACACGUAUGCCUUGGUCCCAUUCCACAUCAACGAAGACCGUUUCUGGAGCCGCGGCGAGGAAUUAUCAGCCCUAGCAGGUCAAUUGGCGAAAGAGGCUGCAGACGCUUUUGUGGGCAAAAGAGUUGCGGGAUCCCUCCCUCCCAUGUUUGGAUCAUAUGAGCCCGCGCUGUUCGAUCCCACGACAGUUCAAAGUCGCCUGGCCGUGUUGAUACGAGGAUUAAGCUCGCAUGUUGACCUAUGGCUUGGCGAGACGUUGAGUUUGAUCGCAGAAGCAGAGGCUGUUAAAUGGGCUGUCAAAGAAUCUGGUAAGCCGUUGUGGAUAUCUUUCACGUUGGAAGAUGAUGGUCCGCAAGCCCCAGCACGACUAAGGUCAGGCGAGUCCGUUGAAGACGCGGCACGCUGGUCUCUGGAUGCGGGCAUUGAGGCAUUGUUGUUCAACUGCUCCAGACCAGAAUACAUGAACGCAGCCGUUCUAGAGGCGCAACGAGUCUUCACGGGCAUGACUAUGCCAGAAGAUAGCAAAGCUCCGCUCAUCGGAGUGUACGGGAAUGCCUUCGAGCUCAAGUCUACCGAUGAUGCUGCGAACGUAGGCAUCAGUUCCACACGGAAGGAUUUGAACGCUGUGAAGUAUUCAGACUUCGCUCGGCAGUGGGUGAGUAGCGGUGCAAGUAUCGUUGGAGGAUGCUGCGGCAUUGGCACCGAGCACAUACAAGAUCUGUCUUCAGCUUUGAAGAAGCGUGAAGCAUAG